GACGAAUUAUUUGCAUUAAUUCCGUAUACAGUGACUCUCUUGUAACCACAAUGGCUGAUUCUCUGAAUCCUCCCCUGUCUUACGAGGCAUCUGCCACGGCCACCCAUCGUCAUGUCGCAACCACCCUCCCACCAGAGGUCAUUUCCAGUCUGAAGAAUUCUCGCUUUCUACAUCUCGCGACUUGCGAUGGCUUGACCCCUCACAUCUCCCUCAUGUCUUACACCUACUUGGCGUCUACUCCGUUCGACCCGUAUCCUACGAUUAUCAUGACGACCAAUCCCUCUUCUCGAAAGACCACCCAUUUAACGAUCAAUCCCCGGGUUUCUUUGCUGGUACACGACUGGGUGUCGCACCGUCCGCCUACCCGGGCCCCGAAUCCCGGAGGGGCCCGUGACGGAUCCCCGCCCCCUGCAGCAACCCGGUCCUCUUUGGCCAGUCUACUUCUAAAUCUGAAUACGAGCGCGUUGUCCAGCAUCUCCACUACUAUCACAGGCACUGCUCGCUUCCUGGAGCCCGGUUCGGAGGAGGAGACGUGGUGCAAAGAAAGACAUCUGGAAAAUAACACCUUUGAGGAGGAAAUGAGUGUAUUUGGGGAGCAACAGCAGCCUGGACAAAGGCGCCCUAGCAUUUCAAUCGAUGGCGACGUCCGGGUCGUUGUUGUCCGAGUUCAAGAGGGUCGAAUCGCCGACUGGAAGGGUGGCGUGAGGGAUUGGGUUGUGGUUCAAGAGGGUGAUGAAUCUUCGGGUGAGCCUCUAGUAAACGGUGUGGCACAGUGAAGAAUUAUAUAAGGUGGCCUUCGUGAUUUAUUCCAGCCGGGCGUUUUGAGUGUUUCUUUCGAUCUUAGGUUCAGCCAGAGGAGCAUACCUUCCACGGGGUCCAGAAGCAUUACGGUUCACCUACGCUUAAGUCACUGGUAGUAUAUUAUCAAUUGCCUCCAUUUUGGUUCCCAGCUUUCCUCGUUACGAGCGCAAGUCCUGUGGUUGAUUUAACAGAUUGGCAUAUCUUGAUGAAGGUCGUCAAACUAUGACAGUAGAAAGUUGACCGAAAUGGAUUCAAUUGGGUCUAACUAGGAAAUAGAGAGAAGGAGAGAUGCUUGGAGGAAGCAUGAAGAUCUAGAAGGAAAUGGUGGCCUUAAAUACAUAGAGUAGUCACGUGUCGCUAUCUUCUUCUUUAUAGUAAUGCUGCUUUAUAGUGGUGCUGGUUGUAUUCACUGAGUGCAGCACUUCAACACACCCCCCUUAGUAAUAUAUCUAUUUCAUGAAGCUAUU